AUGUCUCUUUCCCAUCCCGAAGCACAGCAGGACGCCACUCGUCUCGCAGUCGUCGGUCCAGUUCGCCCAACCGAUCCACCCACGCUUCUGAACUUGGCUGCAAACGUCAAGAACAUCAUUUACCGGUCCGCUCUCCUGGAAGAAGACCCGAUCGUCAUCACAUCUGCCAGAUACAGCCGGAAUGGCGGUCUUUUAGGUACUUGCAAGCAAGUCCGGAAGGAAGCUCUCAGCAUCUACUAUGAAGAGAGUCACUUCAAGCACGCAAUCACGAACUUCGAUCCGAGACCAAUCAAGAAUUGGAUGGAUCGCAUGCCUCUCUGUAUUAGCAAGCACCUUGUCAAGUUCAACGCUGUCGGAAUAGUUCACACCCGUCGAUUCUGA